AUGUUAAGAGCUCAGGAAGUAGAAGAAGAACCAGCAAAGGAAAAGAAAGCAUCCAGUGAGCGAGACACGCAUCGUUCUGAGGUCACAAAAACAUGUAUCUCCGUGGCCGCCGUCCUGACCCGGGCCUUGAACAACCGGACAGAGAACUCUCAGCCGCCACCCCCAGGCAAGGGCAGCUUAGGGCUGGAUGCUCCGCUGAGCGCGGGGUGGGCGCUGCGGGCACCCACCCGGCUGCAGCCUCCAGCGAGCGUGGUGCUGAUGGAGCGCCGCGGGCAGCGCUUUGCUGCGGCUGCUGGAGGAGCGGGGGCCUCGGCUCUCCCAGGCCCGCCAGCCGAGAGCUUCCGGUGGAGGGGGGAGCACCCUGCCCCCCAGAGCCCCACGGGCUGCGGCUCUACUCCCCAGAUCCCAGUCGCUGGGGGUCGCGACCACGGAGCGGCCGAAGCGGGGCGGGAGGAGGUCGUGCCAGCCGGGGAGGGUGUGGAAGCAGCCUCUGCCUCUGCGGCAGCAGACAGCAGCCUGAAAAAUGGCUUUCAGCGUGCAACUGGUGGGGAGAAGGCCCUAGAAACCUGUGGCACAGAGCGAUCGGGGUCUGAGCUGAUGAUGACUGGGGCGAAGGCCGCGGAAGCGAAGACUGAAAGGGGCACCAUCUUCUCAGAAGCAGUGGACGAGGAGGAGAGGGUUGAAGUGGAGGAGAAGCCAGUGGGUGAGGAAAUGGAAAUGGUGGAGGAGCACAGAGGGGUAAACGAGGUGAAGGACGAGGCAAGGCACCGGCAGAAUGAGGGUCUCCACCUGAAUCCCCUGGAGGCCAUCCAGCUGGAACCACACCCUCAGGCUGACCGGGCCUUCCUCCAGUUCGGGCGCAAUUUUGGGCGCAUGCGUCAACACUACCUACAGUGGAGGAACAUCCCGGGCUUCUGAGUCACUACCGUUCGGAACCACCCACAGCUAUCUGCCCUGAUUAGAGGCAGAGAUGCAGAGAUGUUCACGUACGUAGCGAAUUAGGAGGUGAAGGAACUCAGACAUCCUAGGAUGGGGCUCAAGUUCAAGUUCUUCUUUCGAAGAAACCCAUAAUUCUUCUUUUGAAGAAACAACUGGACUGUGAAGGAAUACCAGGUCAGAUCCUCUGGGCACGUGGUGUUUCUUUCCACUCUGAUAUAUCACCCGGGCCAUGAACCCCAGGCCUUCCUUCGUAGGAACCAAGACCUCAUGUGCAGCUUCUUUGCCUGGUUUUCAGACCACAGACUUCCAGAGUCUGACAGGAUUGCUGAGAUUAUCAAAGAGGACCUCUGGCCAACUCCACUGCAAUACUACCUAUGGGAUGAAGGAGCCCAUAGGGCUAGACUUCUCCAGACAAGGGAGCCAGUGGAGAUACCCAGGCCCUUUGGGUUCCAAUCUGGUUAA